CUCUUGACACUUGAAGUUCGAUCAAUUUUUUCAUUUUUCGAAAGCGACUUGGUAAAAAAUUUAUUAAAAUCGUGGAAAAAUGUCCUCAAUGGUCUUGAGAAAGUUCUCCACAUCGGUGGCUCGACGUGCAGCGGCCGACUUAGCCAAUGCCCCGAAAGCCGGACAUGGUGGCGGUUCAAAGAUGUGGCGUAACAUGUUCUUCUUCGUCGGAAUCCCAGCUGUCGCUUUGUGCUUCGUCAACUGCUAUUUGGACCACAAGAAUCACCCACAUCAACGUCCAGAAUUCAUUAAAUACGAAUAUUUGCGUGUUCGUACCAAGCGUUUCCCAUGGGGCGAUGGCAACAAAUCAUUAUUCCACAACCCCCACGUCAACGCUUUGCCCGACGGCUAUGAGGAAGAACAUUAAAUAACAUCCCAAAAAACGUGUAGAAAUGUUAAAUAAAAUUCUGAAUAAAUGAAAGGCUAAUGUAAAAAAUUGCA